AUGAGGCUUGUCAAUUUAAAUGUUGUGUUUGUUUCUCUUCUUGUGCUCAUAGAGGUUGUUAGUGUUUGCAAUGGACGUGUCCUGAGCCCGGCGUUCUAUCGCAAGAGCUGUCCUCAAAUUGGAAGAAUAGUGAGGAGCAUUACAUGGAGCAAGGUUGCAGCAAAUCCUGCCUUGGCAGCCAAGCUUCUAAGGCUUCACUACCAUGAUUGCUUUGUUAGGGGAUGUGAUGCAUCAAUAUUGAUAGACUCAACGAGUGGCAACACGGCGGAGAAGGAUGCAGCACCAAACAGGUCCAUCGGAGGUUAUGAUGUUAUUGAUGAAAUCAAAACCAAAUUAGAAGAAGAAUGUCCCGACAUCGUCUCAUGUGCUGAUAUUGUUGCCUUGGCUGCCAGGGAUGCAGUUUCUUACCAAUUUGGGAGGCCCAUGUGGCAGGUUUUGACGGGCAGAAAAGAUGGAAGAGUCUCACUUACCUCAGAGGCUUCAAGGGACUUGCCCUCCGGAAAUGCAAACUUCACCACCCUCCAACAGCAAUUUGCUGGUCUUGGCCUAAACAUCAUAGAUCUUGUCGCCUUAUCAGGGGCACAUACACUUGGAGUGGCACAUUGCGCUGUAUUUCAAAGGAGACUGAAUGCGACAGGCAAAGGUGACGCCGACCCUUCACUUGAUCCAGAAUACGCACAGUUCUUGAGAACGCAAUGCACCACCCCGCCUAACCCGGCGGUCGCAGUGGCAUUGGACGCCAACAGCUCAGUUUCCUUUGACAGCCAUUACUUUGUGGGUUUGAGGCACAACAAAGGGCUCUUGAGAUCAGAUGCAGCCCUACUCACUGACCCACGUUCGGCUAGAGUUGUAAAAAGCUUUCAAGGGUUCCACGUUUUCAUGGCUAACUUUGGGCUUUCAAUGAAGAAAAUGGGUGUCAUUGGUGUCAAAAAAGGUGCCCGGGAUGAUGGAGAGAUUAGGAAGAAUUGCAGGGUUGUUAAUGCAGCUAAUUAA